AUGCCCACGCUCUCUCUCCUGAGCCGGGGAUACGGGAGACUAGUGCCCAACACACAGAAGUUAGAAGUCUAUUUUGAACCAGAGGAUUACUUGAAUUGGAAGUCCCCAGAAGACUACGUCCUGGUCAGCACACCACAGGAUAAAGACAAGACCCACCAGCACUCCUGGAGCCUCUUUCUUCCUAAGACUUUCAGCACCAGAAAGGGGGCUCUGGUCCUCUACUCAGAAGGCUUAGCCAUUUCAGCAUGGAUGCCCCAAGAGAGGAGAAAAGGCCCCUAUCACCCCAGGGGUUACAAGCGGAGACUGGACCUCAGACUGCACACACUCCAAGACCUCCAAGAAGCCAUCCUGGCAUAUGGAAGGACACAGAGGGAGCAGGACAGAGUCUGGCAACCGUACCUCCACUUCCGAAGCCAGAAGGAGAGCCAGGUCCAACGGCAGAUCCAGCCAGGGUAUUCAGCCAAGAGAUACCUCCGAGGCCUUUUGCGGACGUGGCCGCCCAACACCAUGUACAGACUCCAAUGCGCAGGACAUAUCAAGGAUUCCAUGCUACUCCUGGACAGUCAUCUUAAUGUACCCAAGAAUCUGAGGCUACAACAGGAUCUUUCAGGUGUGCCCCCAAAAUACCAUCUCCUGCCUGUCUUCCCACCAUUUUGGAUUCAACAAGGAAAGUCUUUUGAACCAGGUCAACAGGACCCGGAUGAAGGGGACACCGAGGCUGGCGGACACACGGACCAGGGCCCCGUAGCUGAGAACCACAGCAGUCAGGGGACUCACCUGCUGCCACUCGGGAAGCAGCCCCGGCAGAAAGAUGAAAUCCGGGCAAAGAACACAUCAGAAGAGAGUCACCUUCGCAUGCAGGCUUCAAAGGAAAAUCACCAAGAACAGCAGCACAGUCCCAGGAAAGCCCUCAGACACCCCUGCAGUGGCCACUCCCACAUCGCCUUCUACGAAGGCGCCUUCCCUAUUAGGAAGGCAGAUCUCAGCGACAAACAAGGGAGUACAAAAUUCCCCAAAGCCAGGAGCGACUGCUGGUCCCAGGAGCCUCCUGCCAGAGGAUGCCUUUUCCCGCCUGUGGUGUCUGCCUCAGGCUCAGAAAAAAACACCCCUGGAGACAUGAGGAAGAAAAAGGCACCCAAGACUUUGAAAUUACCUCCUAUCUCAGAAGAACCGCCCAGAGUUCUGGACCCCCUGGGGUGCCCAUUUAAAGCCAAGGAACCCCCAACAGAGCUCUUCAUCUUCCCAGUAGAGAUUCAUUUCCACACCCACCACCCUCUAAAAGAAAAACCCCACAGAAGAGGUGCUCUACACCCUGAGUCGGUACCAGAAGCAGAAGAGACCAGGCCUUCAUGGAGGUCUCCCCUGAAGCAUGCGUCCUUAGAGAGGCCACGGGAGCUAAGAGUACAUCUCCCAGUGGACACCGGCAGAGACACACCUUCACCUCAAGAUGUUGAUGCCUCACCCCAGAAUGUGACCCCACCACGACUUCUUCUACAACCGAUGAAAGGGAGAAAAAGUCCAGAGAGCAAGAAGGGCCUGGACAGUUGCCGGAUGUCAGGCCACAGCACAUCAGGCCGCAGCGGCUCCCCAGGUGCCCCGAAUGUGAGCACACCCAAGAGGGCGCUGCCAGCAGGACAAGAAUAUUCCAAAAACCCCACACUGGGACACUUCUCGCUAGGUUCAGAUGGAGAAAAAGUCUACCAGUCCCUCCCAGGGCCUACCCAGAGCAAGGUGCUUCCAUUGGCUGCAGCCUCUGAAUUCGUCAACCUGAACAUCCACCCUGAAGAGGAAGAGUCUGGCAGUUGGCAUCUCCUACAAGCAAGCAUUGAAUCCGGAACCAGUCUUCACAUGACCUCACCUUUGGCCCAAACACUGGAGAAGCAGGGAGCCCAGCUGUCCUUGGAGGCAACAGCUCAGAAGGCAGGAGAGCCUCAAAGUUGUCUAAAUAAAGGGCUGGUAUGUUCAAACAGAUCAGACUUGUGCAUGCGUGCGCGCAUCGACAUGACGCCGUUCCUGAAGGAAAGUGGAGAGGCCCUGGAGUGCCCUGAAGAACCAGGGAGACCCCUCGGAGAUAGUCACCAAGGCAGCCAAGGUGAGCAGGGAGAGAACACCACAGGAGAGGCAACAGGAAGCCUCUGCGGCCUGGUUGCACAGGCCCUCUACCCACUCGACCCGGAGCCCAGGCAUGUGAUUUCAACCUUGCUCAGCGCUGCCCUGCCUGACAUCCAAGCCCCUGAGAUGGAUGCUGUGCAAAGCGUGUGCUCAGUUCUUCCAAAGACGCUAAGGCCAUGUUGGGGUGAGGUCCUCACUUCAUCCCAUGACUACCACCACGCCCAGCAUCUCCAGCCCUGUACUCACCAUGCCAUAGCCUCCAUGUUCGAGCUUGCCUGCACCUACUCUGCCCUCAUUCUGCACGAUGACAAGGUGACCGUCACGGAGGAUAAGAUCAAUGCCCUCCCUAAAGCCACCAGUGUGAUGGUGGAGCCUUUCUGGCCUGGCUUGUCUGCAAAGGUCCUGGCCAAGAUCGACAUCAGGAGCCUCAUCUGCCCUGUGAGGGCUGGUGGGCCCGCAUCUGCAGCUGGGGCCGCCCCAGCCAGGGGUCCCACCCCCUCCACCACUGCUGCUCCAGCUGAGAAGAAAGUGGAAGCAAAGAAGGAAGAAUCUGAGGAAUCUGAUGAUGACAUGGGCUUUCAUCUGGGCAGAGAUUCUGAUGUCCACCACCUGCACAGAGGACUUCAUGGACAUGGGCCUGGGUCACUGGAGAGGUUGGGUGCUAUGGAGACAUCUCUUCUUCCAAGAGAAAGAGAAGGGAAGGCUGGCCUAAGGCUGGCUCACCAGCAGGCAUCAGCUGGCAUCAGUCAUGAGAAGGAGUUGAUUGACAAAGCCAACAGAAAGAAAAGAACCAAGACAGACAAGACCAAAGCAUCCAAAAGGGAGAGGGAAGGAGAGGUCUACAGGGAAGCAGAGGCUGCUGUCGGUAAGAGAAAGUCAAAGGCUAAAAAAAAAGUAGAAAAUAACCCAAGCAUCCAAAGGAAAAGGUCACAGAAAGAAAGGAAUCUGGAGACAGCAGCAGAGUUGAAUGGGCCUGAUGUCACCAACCCUAGGGAAACAGCAGCCGCCUCAGGUCGAGGUUUCUUCCCCUCAGCCUCUAUUGUUGAGGACCCUUGGCCUCCUCCCCAAGAUGAUGGUCCGGAGAGCCAAGUUUCUAUAGAUGGAAGGUUGUCGCCCUCCCAGACGGCAGCCGUCAUUGGCAAUGUGGAAUCUGGAGAAGACAGAAGCUGUGAUGACCCUUCCAGGGCCCUCCGCGCUAAGAGGGAGCAGGAGAAAGCUUCCCGAGACAGGCUUCGCAUGGAGAGGGCGGAGAUGAGGCGCCUGGAGGUGGAGAGGAAGAGGAGGGAGCAAGAAGAGCAGAGGCGGCUCCAGGAGGAGCAGCUGGAGAGGGCCAAGCAGCUGGAGGAGCAGCUGGAGCUGGAGCAGCAGAGACACGCAGAGGAGACCCGCUUGAGGAAACAGAGACUGGAGGAAGAAAGGCAGCGGCAGGAGGCGGAGGAGAGGAGGCAGCGGCUGCAGCUGCAGGCAGCCCAGGCAAGGGCCCGGCGGCAACAGGAGGAGCUUUGGAGGAGACUGCAGGAACUGCAGGGCAGGAGGCAGCGUGAGGAGGCCCAGAGGGCUGAGGCAGAAAAGCAAAGACAAAAGGAACUGGAAAUGCAGUUAGCAGAAGAACAAAAACGCCUGAUGGAAAUGGCUGAGGAGGAGCGAGUGGAUUACCAGCGGCGCAAAUGGGAAGCUGAAGAGAGAGCUCGACUGGAAGCAGAGCAGAGGAGGCAAGAGGAGGAGGAGGAUGCAAGGCUGGCUCUGGAGGAGGCCAGCCAGGUCCAGGAGCAAGCCAGGGAAAAAGCUGCUUUAGAGAAACAUCGCCAUUUCUGGCAAGAACUCCGCAAGGAAGCCAGUGGCCUGCAGUGGACACAGAGCAUUUCCAGAGCAUGGGUUUACUCUUACUUCCAGUUCCUACAAAUGCCCAGGCCAUAA